UUCGUACCACGUUCGUGAAUAACAAUCGUAUAUAUAAAUUUGGUGGGACACAGAAAUACUAUGCAUUCAAAGGCAGAAUUUUUUUGAGAGUAACCAUUUCAGCCUAGAACAAUUCAUACAAUGAAAGUAUUCAGUUUCGUAAUAAUUUUAAUUGUUUCGAUAAUUCUGUCAUCAAAGACUGAGUCUGAGGCAUGUAUAUGGAGAAAUUGGUUUUGUGAUUGGAUCACAGGUAGAAAUAAUGAUAAAGAAACUACUACAACUCCUUCUACUGGUAAAAGUAUAACUGAACCUGUAGUAGCUCAUAAGAAAACUACUAGAACUCUUUCUACUGUUUCAAGUACAACUGAACUUGUAGUAACUACUAACGAACCUCCUACACCUGCAAUACAUGUAAAAAUUCAGGUAAUGAAUAAGAUUUCAUCCAGUAUUGAUCAAUUUUCCUCCGAUGUACGUAAGGAUAUGAAUGAAAAAAUAAAUGGGAGUUUUAUCGUAUCGCCAUUAAGUGCAGCAAUGGUACUUAUGAUGUCAGGUUAUGGUGCGAGUGAUGAAAAUGCCAACAAAAUGAAUUCCAUGUUACAUUUCGAUACUAAUGACAAUACGUACAAAGAAGACAUAUAUUCGUUGAUUGAAAUCUUUGAUGCACUAAAUCAAAGUCAAUUUGAAUUGGCAAAUAGAAUAUACGCUGGAAAAAAUCAAGACCUCAAUCCAGACUUUAAAAGCUUAGUAAGUGAAACAUUCAAAUCGUCAAUUGAAAAUGUUGAUUUUGGGCUUUCUGAAAGUACAGCGAAGAAAAUAGAUGAUUGGCGUGCAGAAAAAAACCAUCACCGUCUUAGAAAUGUUAUCAAGCCUGAUGAAAUUAAUGCUGAUACUGAACUUUUAUUCAUUAAUUCGGUAUAUUUUUCGAGGUUAUGGAAAGAACCCUUUAAUAAAGCAAAUACCAAACUAGUUAAGUUUGAUAUGGGUAAUGGAGAAACCAUAGAAAAACCGAUUAUGGACAGGAAAAUGGAGUUCACUGUUCAUUCUACCGUAACUUAUAAAUUAUGCACGUUAGACUUCAAGAGUGAUUCCGAUGAUGAUAGUCUUCAAUUCGUUAUGAGGAUGUCUGGUGAUAGCAUUACGAAGUCUAUAACUGUGCCUAAAUUCAGAAUUGAGAGUACAAUCAAUUUGGAGGAUAUGCUUAAUCUAUUAGGAAUGAACUUUUCCGGUAUUUCAAAACAAGCCUCUGGACUAAAAAUAAACAAAGUAGUUCAAAAAUUAACAUUAGAAGUUAACGAAUCGGGUAUUGAAGCUGCAAUUCGUAGUGAAGCUUCAUUCGCAAACAAAACAGGAAGUAAUGGGCCACCAUUAAAACAAGUGCUUAUUUUUAAUGAAUACCCGUUCGACUUCCAUAUUUCAUACAAUGGAGUUGUUCUUUUAGUUGGACAUGUUGCCAAACAAUAAUUUUUAAACAGUUUAAGAAUUCUUUCAAAAAUUUAUAUGCUUUGUUCAAUAUAUCAACACUUUUAAACAGAAAACCUUACAGUUUUAAAAAUAAAAAAAAAACCUUUUUUUGGACAAUUAAAGAUAUGUAUUUCUAAUAAAUUGAAUCAUGAACAAUAUAUGUGAU